AGGGCGGCGGGCGGGGAGAGCGGGCCGCGGGGCCGCGGUAAACACCGAGCGCCGCGGCGCGGGCUGAGCGGGGAGACCCCGCCCUCCGCGCGCAAGGAGCCGUCCUCGGCAGCCAGAGCCCGGCCGGUGCUGCAGCGCCGCCGAGAGCGGCCUCGGAAGCGGCAGCCGCGGGAGAGACCCGGGAGGUGCUUCCCCGGCAGGGCCGAGGCAGGACCGGGCGAGACCCCGAGGAAACUUUACAGCGGCUUCGGCCGGGGGCGGCUGCGGCUGCGGCAGCGGGCUCCGUCCGCUAGCAGAUCCCGGGCCCGGGAGCUGGUGCGUCCGGCCGGGAAGAUCUGGAGCCCCAGGUGAGAGCGGAGCUAUCAUCCUCUGCCCCUCCCACUCUUCGCAGAAAGGAUCUGCUACAAGACUGAAUGUGUUCACUGCUUCGAGGACCAGGGACCACGGUGGGAUUUGCUGUGCUACCAUCUGCAAACAGUAGGUUGGGUGCUUCCUGGUGCUAUAUCAUAAGUGUGAUUUGCGUCCGCUGAAGGUGGGAUAGUAACAUCUUUGGGGGAAAGAAAAUUGGCUUCCUUUCCUGAAAACGGUGAAUGUACAGCAGAUGGUUGCCCAGGAGGAACAGUAGUCCAAUGGAGACCCUCUAUGUUUUGUACUAGGAAACAGAAUCAGUUGUAAGAGUCCAUGUUGAUCUUGGCAGUAGAAGGAUUAAAAAAAGUUGAGUUUCCACAAAGAACAAGAACUUUACCAUCUCCUUUUUGAUCUGAAGACCGGAGGACAAUGGAUAUCAUAGAGACAGCAAAACUUGAAGAACAUAUGGAAAACCAAACCAACGAUCCUGCAAACACUUACGCAAGACCUGCUGAACCUGUUGAAGAAGAGAACAAAAAUGGCAAUGGUAAACCUAAGAGUUUAUCCAAUGGGUUGCGAAAGGGCACCAAAAAGUACCCGGACUAUAUCCAAAUUGCUAUGCCCACGGAAUCGAGGAACAAAUUUCCCCUAGAGUGGUGGAAAACGGGCAUUGCCUUCGUGUACGCUCUUUUCAACCUCGUCCUGACAACUGUCAUGAUCACGGUUGUGCACGAGAGGGUCCCUCCCAAGGAGCUCAGCCCUCCACUCCCAGACAAGUUUUUUGAUUACAUAGACCGGGUGAAAUGGGCAUUUUCUGUAUCAGAAAUAAAUGGAAUUAUAUUAGUUGGAUUAUGGAUCACCCAGUGGCUAUUUCUGAGAUACAAGUCAAUAGUGGGGCGCAGAUUCUUUUUUAUCAUUGGAACUUUGUACCUAUAUCGCUGUAUCACGAUGUACGUUACUACUCUCCCUGUGCCUGGAAUGCAUUUCCAGUGUGCUCCAAAGCUCAACGGAGACUCUCAGGCAAAAGUACAGCGGAUUCUACGGUUGAUUUCUGGUGGCGGAUUGUCCAUAACUGGGUCGCAUAUCUUGUGUGGAGACUUCCUCUUCAGCGGUCACACAGUUGUGCUGACACUUACUUAUCUGUUCAUCAAAGAAUAUUCGCCUCGUCACUUCUGGUGGUACCACCUAAUCUGCUGGCUGCUGAGCGCUGCUGGGAUCAUCUGCAUUCUUGUAGCGCACGAACACUAUACUGUCGAUGUGAUCGUUGCUUAUUAUAUCACAACACGGCUCUUCUGGUGGUACCAUUCCAUGGCCAAUGAAAAGAACUUGAAGGUCUCUUCACAGACUAAUUUCUUGUCUCGAGCAUGGUGGUUCCCCAUCUUUUAUUUUUUUGAGAAAAACGUACAAGGCUCAAUUCCUUGCUGCUUCUCCUGGCCACUGUCCUGGCCUCCUGGCUGCUUUAAGUCGUCUUGCAAGAAGUAUUCACGGGUUCAGAAGAUCGGUGAAGAUAAUGAAAAAUCUACCUGAGGAGCAAAAACAAAGGCAUCAGCUCUUAGACCAAAAGAGUUAUCGCUGUAACCAAAGGUAUAGUUUUGUUUUUGUUUUUAUUUUAGGAGAACUGAUUGCUAAAUGAAGCAGACCAAAUUUUGUGCAAAUGAUUAGAAAGAUGAACGAAGUAUUACCCUUUGACUGGUUUUUUAUUCAUCCUGAGAAAGUUAUAUUCUCCUGCAGCUCUUCAUUCAUUGGUCACAAGCCCUCAAACUGGGAUUUUACUAAUGAGCUUGUUAAGGAGAUGCCAGAGAACAUACUGCUCCUUCCCUCAUUCUUUUUCUCCACUAAAGCUCUCUACUUCAGAAUUUUUUCAGGAAUCUUUUUCCCUCCAAGGUCAAAAGAAUUUGUUAAUGUUUUAAAUAAAAAUCUGAUAUAUACGGCCACUGUGUAAAUAGAAUCACCUAAUGUUGAGAGUGAUUUUUAGCAUUAGGCUUAUCAGCGAAGGGGAGAUCCAUGGGUUGUGAGUGAACUUCAGGUGAACUUUGUUUCUACACUGUCAAAGGGAAGGUCAGGGUCAGGUCUGGGAAUAUGCGCUGCUGCUACCACCCAAUGUACUAUAUCACUUUCACUUUAUUUUUUUUUUUUAACUGAUAAUUUUAUAACUUGAAAAAAAAAGAUGAACUAAGUAAAUAUCCAAGUAUUUGACACACCCCACAGAUUUUACAUGUGCGUAAAUAUUUCAUUUUAAGAUCUCUAUGACAGAUAUACAGGAGACAUGGGGCUGUUUAUGCUAACGAGGAGUCCUGCUGUCCACCUGGUAACUUUGCACCUGUACCCCCAGAGCAGUCAACAGUGUAGCACAGGCUGAACACACAUAGCUGUAUGAACUGAUGCUCAUGUCCUUGUGGGGAACAAGCCUGUGUUUCUCUCCCAGGUCACGCCCUGUGUGAGAUCUGUUUUAGAGCUGCAGAUUGGAACUCAGAAAUACAGUUGGUCACAUUUCACUGAAAUCCAUUUCUUCCUAGUGACAUUGUGCUUUAUGGAAAAACCAAGAUGGAAUCCAAAAGUUUAAUGCAUCCUUGCCUUUUAGCAAGAGACUCCGUUUCUUAUGUACUGGUCCUAAGGACACAUACCACAAUUGAGUAAUUUUACUUUGACCCUAAAAUUAUACCACGGUGCUGCACUAUCAUCUACGGUUGGAAUUGGUGUGUUAGUCGGUUACAGCUACUCAAUAAAGGGGGAUAAUAGUUUCUAAAGUUCUUUCAGGUGAUGCAAAAAAAAAGAAAAGAUGGAUUUUUAAAAAUCUGACCAGAUGUAGUGCAUUAUUUAAUGCUGUUGAAUCUUUUAGAUAAUUCUUGGCUUAAUUUCUUUAGACUUCUAGUAACCGUAGGAAAAAAUUUAAGGUCACAAAGUCAUCAACACUAGUCAGAGAGUGGAGAGGCCAGGGGGGCUGGUAGGAGGCAGUUACAUUUAUACUGAAGGUGGAAAUUUCUCCCCACUUAGAAUGAAAAACAUCCCUAAAUUUGUCAUUGUAAACAAGUCGGCCUUGAUUCGGUACACAAAAUUGACCUUUAAAUUGUUGGAGAGAAGCACAAUACAGAUCUGUUCAGAAGGGUCAUCAUCCUUUGGUGCUAAAAUUCUGUAUAUGUUUUCAGUAUGGCUCCUUCUCUGUGUAAAAAAGAAACACUAAAAGUUGAAUUCGAAGACAGAAAGACAGACUAAUCUGGUUAUUUACAACAAGAAUUGAAACCCUAAAUAUCCUUGGCAGGCUUUGGAAUGCAAGAAGUUUUUCUGGUAUUUAUUAUUAAGUAAGUCAGUAAGAAACAUAUGUGUAGCUUACCUGCUGUGUUUAGCUAUAUUUCUACAUAAUUUUCACUUAUUUUCAUUUGUUAAAUAUUGACAUCUGCGAUAAGACAAUGUGUUCUACUUGAAAACACUGAUUUUAAAUUUCUGCUGUCUAAUUGUGACGAAAAGUAUCUGAUAUGGAAGCCUGGGUUUUGCUCUCCUAACAUUGGUAUAUUCCUUGAGCCUCGAAUUCAAAUAAAACAACCUGAUAUACCUUAGAGCCUUAUUCAGCUGCAUCUUAGAUAACCCACUCUUCUUCAAAUUAAGUAAGGAAAGGUGUUUAAGCUUUAAAAAUCAUGGAGAUCCUUGAAAACAGUAUAAACCUUGCAUUUUAGUCAAAUAAUCCUGUUUUUUUUUUUUUCCACAUAAUACCAUCACCUUUUAAAGAACUUUAAAAACAUCUAUGACCCCAUUUGUGGACACUACUGCUCCCGUGUUCUUUACAUGUAUAUGUCAUAGCUCUCUAAUAAAUGCUGUGGAAGCAUGUGCUAUGAAAAUAAGGGGGGUGGGGAAUAUCAAAGUUUCAAGAUGGGAAAAUAAGAGAAAUAACAAAACCCAUUUAGGAAAGCAAACUUCAGUUUCAACCCAACAUGCCACUUUGGGAUAUAAAGCAUAAACAAUUACUAGACUUACUGUGGUGAUCAUUUCACAAUAUAUACAAGUAAAUCAUUAUGUUGUAUACCUAAAAUUAAUAUAAUGUUAUAUGUCGAUUAUACCUUGAUUAAAAAAUCAUAAUUAUGAGCUUGCCUUUUGAAACAAUAAAUUUUUGGAACUCCUUUUCCUUGCUAAUCAAUCUAUAAGAUCUUAUCCGUUAUCCUUGUUUGAAGCUUUUUCUGUGAUUAAGUCCUCGGUGCAGUAUUUCUAUAAUAGUUCCUGUAAAUGAUGCCACAUUUUUUUCUAAAUUCUUUCAAAUGAAAAUAAAUUCCUUUCAGAUUCUAUUUUUUUGAUCUCCUCCACUAGCUCUGAAAAUAAGCCUUCUUACCUACUCGGUUCCACCCAAAGUAAUUUAGAAUUUGUUAUUUAAUUUACUGGCAUCUUGGGAAACAAGUUUUGCUGUGGAAGGAAGGUGGUUGUGAGUGAGCCCGAGUUUCUAGUCUUGGUUGAUGGAUGACAUUGCAAAGGUUCUUUGCUGUAUAGCAGUGCCCCCUUGUGGAAAUACCUUAUAUGACUUGGAACACAAAUGCCACUUUUUUUUUUUUUUUUUUUUUUUUUUUGCGGUGCGCGGGCCUCUCACUGUUGUGGCCUCUCCCAUUGCGGAGCACAGGCUCCCGACGCGCAGGCUCAGCGGCCGUGGCUCACAGGCCUAGCCGCUCCGCGGCAUGUGGGAUCUUCCCGGACCGGGGCACGAACACCUGCAUCGGCAGGCGGACUCUCAACCACUGCGCCACCAGGGAAGCCCCAAAUGCCACUUUUUAAAGUGUAUUUUCGUGUUUUGAAAGGCAUUUUAAAAAUUAUUUUUGUCAAUAAUCUGAAAGCAUCAUGCAAAAGGAUAAUUAUUUUCAAGGCAUUUUAAACCUUUCCCAAAGGGAAAAUGUGCUUAGAUCACAGGGGGUUGCAAUUCUAAUCUUUUGUAAGUUUGAUCAAAGAAAACUUGCGGACUGUUUUUACCUUUCACCAUCACAAUCAUUAAUGUCUCCCUUUAUAACUGCGUAUUCUUUGUUUACUUUGAAACAUCAGGUUGGCUGUCUUUCUUAUGUGUUUUUUUUUUUUUUACAUGCUAGAACUCAUGCAGUUUCUUUUUCAGUCGAGAGUUCACAUCUUGUUCCUUGAAUAUUUUGAACAUUUCUUUUAAAAUUCUUUUAUAAAAUUUUUUUGUUUUGCACUGUAAAACUGAUUAAAAGUUUAAGCUGGUCUUAACACACUCACUUCUGUAGUGUAAGGAAGUAUGAGAAGGAAUUUCUUAAUAACUGAGUUUACAUGGUUAAAUCAAGCAUAUUAUAGUUAAUAUGCCCUGUGUUAAAGGCUUUUCUAUUUGUAUGUAUAGAGUCCUUUUUUUAAUGUCAUUGUGUUGCAAUAAUUUAACUCCUUUGACUUACUUGCUAAAAAUAUUUCUUCUAUUUAAGAAGUGCUCUUGACUUCAAUACCUAAACACUGAAAAUCAUGUCAAAAGGUACCCAAAGAUAAGUUUUUAUACAGAUACACACCUUAUAAGUUGUGAUUUAUUUUAUGAUUCAUUUAUCUAAAUAUGUUGUGUUCUGAAUGAAUCAUGAAUGAGAAUAGUUCUUUAUUGUGGAAUUAUUUAAAACUGUCCUUUAAAAGAAAAAGAAGAAACUAUAAACAUAAGUUAAUCUAGUUGCCAAGUUAGAAUUCAUUAUUUAAUUUACCUCCUAUGCAAUGAUUAAUGCUGCAAAAUGUGUGGUUAUGUUAGAGUAUAUUCACAAAAGAAAUAUUACAAGGUUUGAGAAGUAGCCAAUUACAUCUUUGGAAAUUUACUGUACUGUUUCAAUGUGUUAAGUGCCUUGUUGUAAAGUAAAAUUUUAAGUCUAGAAUUCAUUAUUUUCCUGACAUAUAUUUUUCAUUAUCAUAUAUACUGUAUAUUAUUGUAAUAGUUUUAUUAAAUGCUUAAGUUUUAAUUAAAUAUGUAAAUUUCAGAAGCUCUUUUCCCCUACCCACCAGUACCUUAAUCAUUGGUCUAUCAUAUGGGAUUUGAAUUCAGGUUCUUUUUUUAAAAGGGGAAAAUUAUCUUAGUUUAGAAAUAUGUUUUCCAUGCUUGUGCAUUUGUGUUUAUAAAAACAUUUCAGGAGGAAUUUAAGAGUGUAACUAUAGUUUGUACUUCAAAAAGCCAUUUUACAUUUACAUUUUAAGUGCCUAAUUGUUAGUUAAAACUAAUUUAUGUUUCUAUUCUAAAGAGAAUAUGUCUACUUGGUUUCUAAUCUCUUUGGCUUUGCUUAAAAAAAUAAAAGAGCAAGGGCCUAUACUUUGUAUUUACCCAAUAAACCACCAUGACAUCGACAGUCUUUUCAAAA